AGCCAACCACAUCAUUCCUUUCCUUUCUUGUCCACUUCUUUAUUCUAUACUACUAGUACUACAAGUCUACAACUAUACUCUGACUACUGAAUUCACUCUAGCAGUUUCAUUCCUGAUUCUUGAAUUUUUAUCACUUCAUCAUCAGGAAUCAUCCAUGGCUACUGAAACUGUUUCAUCAGAUCAUUCUACACCAGCCCUUGAGCAAGUUGAGAAGGAAGUAAAAGAAGAGGUAGAGAAAAUUGCAGAAGACGGUACUUCUCCACCCAAGGAAAAUGAAGAAAAGCCAAAAGAUGAGAACACCCCUGGUGAAACAGCAGUACCAUUGGCUGAAACAGAGAAAAAGAUGGAGGAGAAACAAAGUGAACCACUUGUAGUUGAAGAGGUCGUGAAAGCUGAGGUGGAAGAGAAGCCAAAAGCUGAGGAGCCCCCAAGUUUGCCUAUUACAUCAGCUGAACCGGAAGAAAAGAUUGAGGAUAAGCACAUUGAGCCUCCUGCAAUUGAAGAGAUUAAGAAACCUGAUGAUAUCCCUGCUCUGGAUAUUUCUUCCAAAGAUAAUCCGGAAUUAGCAAAAGAAUAUGUUCCCAAAGAAGAAACUGUUAAUGUUGCAGGAGUAGUGGAUAACAUUCUAAAACGUGAACCAGAAGGGCACUCCGGGAUAAAAAAUUUGGAAACGCCACAAGAAGAACCCCCAAAAGGAUCCGAGGAGGAGAAGCUGGUAGAGGAGUCAAAGGAAAUUGAUAUUCCUGCAUCAGUGGUUGAAGCUGUGGAGGCACAAGAGGAGAAAGUUGAAGAGAUACCAAAAGAUAUUGAUAUUCCUGAAUCAGUGAGUGGCGCUACUAAAACAAUAGCUGAGGAAGUGACGGAGUUGCCAGAGAAAAUUGAUAUACCUCAAGCAGCCACUGAGGCUAUUGAGACUAAAGAGGAGGAAGUGAAAGAGUCACCUGAGAAAAUUGAUGUUCUUGAAGCAGUAAAGGAGGGUGUUGAGACUAAAGUGGAGCAAGUAGAGGAGUUACCAAAGAAAAUUGAUAUUUCAGAGCCAGUAAAUGGGGCUAUUGAGACGAAAGUGGAGCAAGUAGAAGAGGCAGCUGCGGCUGAUGUCGUGGAAGUUUCAGCAGCAGAGCCCGGGAAAGAAGAAAUUUCGAUUCCAGAACCGGUAGCAGAGGACAGACCAGAAGAAAAACCUGUAGCUACAGAACAAACUGGGAAAGAAGCUGCAACGGCUGAGCCUGAAGAGAAAAUAGAGGUGGAAACAAUAAAAGACAGAGAAAUUUCAACUGAUGAGAUUGAUGAAACUAAGUUGGCAGAGGGAGUAGAAUCUACUGCCACUGAGAGUUCAGAACAGAUUGCUUCAACCCCUGUGGCAGCUCAAGUUGAAACAGAAAAUGUAGAAGUUCCUCCAACUGAAGUUGCAGAAAAGGCUGAGGACAAAGAAAAAGAAUUGACUGCCAAACCUCAAAAGCAAGUGACAUUGGAAGAAUUGCUGGAAAAGGUUGAGAAGGAAACUGAAACCAAGGAUUUGAAGACUGAAGAAAAGGAAGAGAAAAGCGGUAUCUCUGAGGAAUCAUCUCAGCUGGAAGCGAAGGAAGUUGAUGCUGUUACCAGUUCUAUUCCUCCUCCUGAAGAUUCUAGUAAAUCUGUAGAACAAAUGUCUAGAGAUAUUGAACUUCCUGCUGAAAUUGGGACCAAAAUAGAAGAAACCGUGGCUUCAGCUGAAACCGAAAAGGAUGCAGUAGUAGACAAAAAUGUGGAUGUCGAAAAAGAACCGGAGAAGGCUGAGGCUGAGACAGAAACAAAAGCAGAGGAAGCCGCAGAGGCUGUUAAAGAGACUGAAAAAACUGAUGUUGCAGUUGAAGAGUCCAAAGAAGUUGGUGACUUGAAAACAACACAAGAAGCUCCUAAAGAAGUGGUUCCAGGGAAGACAACCCAAAAAUCAACUAACAUACUUUCUAAGGUGAAGCAUUCUCUUGUUAAGGCAAAGAAAGCAAUCAUUGGAAAAUCACAAGCAAAAACACCAGCAGCACCACCCCCUGAAACAAAAGAGGAGGUUAAAAGCUGAGUAAUGUCCUGGCUACUAUAGAGAUCAAGUUAAAGAAACAAUAUAGAGACCAAGGAAGGGGUAAUUUUAUUGAGGGUGUGAUAUAUUUUGUUUUCCAGAUUGGUUUGCCUGCAUUAGUGGAUUUUUUUGCUACCGUGGUAUGAUACCCCGCUUUGCUACAUACCAAAUAGUAGGAAGAUUGUAUUUUUGGUUUCUUUUGCUUUUCUUCUCUUUUCCUACCUGUUCAUUGAGUUGUGUGUAUUUGCUUAAUUGUGGGUGAAUUUGAUUGUAUUCAGUUUGUUGAGGGAGCGUAUAGAUUUGUUACAUUGUGAAUAUUAUUUUACUCAUCAAAGCUGUCAUUAGUGUUUUUUAGUGUUUA